AUUUCCUGCAGCAUCAAGCGGCUCCUGCCUGAGACAGCACAGCGGCGGCGGUGUGGUCGGUCUGAAUUCACGUAAACGGAGAGAAGACGAGACGUGAAGGCCCCAUCAGCUCACACCGACAACUGUUGCACUCACAGCGACGACGGAUAUAUAAAGAAAGAAAGAAAAACAUUUAGUUCGGUUUUUACCAUAUUCUUUUUCUAAUCUUGGCUGUUUUAAGAAAAAACUUGAUUUCCUUUGAUAGCCGCGUCUUUAAGCUAAGAGUUCAUGAUGGCGACAGCUACGGUGUCUCUCCCCGCGGGCUGCGGCCCGAGCCCCGGGUCGGGGACGGAGCUGGUCCGCGGGCAGGCCUUCGACGUCGGGCCUCGGUACAGCAACCUCUCCUACAUCGGGGAGGGAGCCUACGGGAUGGUGUGCUCUGCCUAUGACCGGGACAACAAGGUACGCGUGGCCAUCAAGAAGAUCAGCCCGUUCGAGCACCAGACGUACUGCCAGCGCACCCUGAGGGAGAUCAAAAUCCUGCUGCGCUUCAAACAUGAGAACAUCAUCGGCAUCAACGACAUCAUCCGCACGCCGACCAUCGACCUGAUGAAGGACGUAUACAUCGUCCAGGAUCUCAUGGAGACGGACCUCUACAAGCUCCUGAAGACUCAACACCUGAGCAACGACCACAUCUGCUACUUCCUCUACCAGAUCCUCCGAGGGCUCAAGUACAUCCACUCCGCCAACGUCCUGCACCGCGACCUGAAGCCCUCCAACCUGCUGCUCAACACCACCUGCGAUCUCAAGAUCUGCGAUUUUGGUUUGGCCCGCGUGGCUGACCCGGACCACGAUCACACCGGCUUCCUGACGGAGUACGUCGCCACCCGUUGGUACAGAGCGCCUGAGAUCAUGUUGAACUCCAAGGGCUACACCAAGUCCAUAGACAUCUGGUCAGUGGGCUGCAUCCUGGCCGAGAUGUUGUCAAACAGGCCAAUCUUUCCCGGGAAGCACUACUUGGAUCAGCUCAACCACAUUUUGGGGAUCCUGGGUUCUCCCUCUCAGGAGGAUCUCAACUGCAUCAUCAACAUCAAAGCCAGGAACUACCUCCUGUCGCUGCCGCUGCGCUGCAAAGUUCCGUGGAACCGCCUCUUCCCCAACGCCGACCCCAAAGCUCUGGACCUGCUGGACAAGAUGUUGACCUUCAACCCUCACAAGCGGAUCGAGGUGGAGGAGGCCCUGGCGCACCCUUACCUGGAGCAGUACUACGACCCCACGGAUGAGCCUGUCGCUGAGGCGCCGUUCAAGUUCGACAUGGAGCUGGAUGACCUCCCCAAAGAGACGCUGAAGGAGCUCAUCUUUGCAGAAACGUCACGUUUCCAGACCGCCUUUAGGUCCUAACGUCUCACGCCGAUGAUUCCAUGGACCGACUCCUCGCUGUCGCUGUGAUGCUCCUUCGUCUUCUAUUCUUUUUCCUCCUCCUCCUCCUCACGUUGUCCACAUCGCCUGGAUUCCUCUGGUCUCGCUCGUCCACUUUGCUCAGGAAUGGCGUCAGGAAUCAAUCAAUCAAUCAUUCUGUAGGCUCUCUUUUCUCUCUCACAUCAUAGCUCAGUCUGGAUUUUUGUGUUUCAAGCCAAGUUAAACAACUGCUUGUUUGUUGGUUCCGUGUGUCUGGGGGGAGUUGAUGUCCAGUAGAGCAGCGGCGAUAACGUCGUGGUUACUUCUCUGUCCAGACUGCACAAACAAACAACGGGAGACUACUUACAAGAAUCAUCAUCAUCAUCAUAGAAAAGAGAAAAAACCGAGCCUAAUUAUUUUCUAACCGCCUGUCUCACUGUUCCAAAGGAGACUUUUUUUUUUUUUUUUAGAUUUUCUUAAAAAGAGAAAUCCCUGAGUUAAAUAAACUGAAUUAUGCAAUGAAAUCACA